AUGGAGCAAAUAAUGUGCGCUCUUUCUUUCAACCCUAACUCUGGAAAGGGUAAAAAAGAAAACAUUAACAUAGAAACCAUUAACAAAGUUAUGGAUCAAAUAAUGCGUGGUCUUUCUUUCGACCCUAAUUCUGGAAAGGGUAAAAAAGAAAACUUUAACAUAGAAAACAUUAACAAAGUUAUUGAUCUAAUAAUGCGUGCUCUUUCUUUCAAUCCUAACUCUGGAAAGGGUAAAAAAGAAAAUAUUAACCUUAACAAAGAAAACAACAAAGAAAACAUUGUGGAUCAAGCCAUGCGUAAUCUGGAUCAAUCCUGUGGAAAGGACAAAAAAGAAAAUGCAGAUCAAGUCAAUCAAAGAAACGAUUAUAUGGCCUUAAAUUCAAUAUUUGGUAGUAAAAUACAUGUUGAACCCCAAAACAUAAAUGAUAAUACACAGACUGCGCCUGCAUUAAAGCCCAGUUCACAAACAUCGCCCUUUUCAGAAACCUCUUCUGAAACAUCCACGGUAAUUUGUAGUGAUUAUUCACAGAAUGACUCGAUAAAAACCUUGAUAAGUAUUCUUGAGAAUCGUAUUCAGCAGUUAGAAGAGAAGUUAAAAAAACAUGACGAGGUAUUUAAAAAGCAAAGGGAAAAACAUGACGAGGAAUUUAGAAAGCAGAAGGAAAAACAUGACGAGGAAUUUAAAAAGCAGAAGGAUAAACUGAAAAUGGUUGAGGAGGAAUCAAAAAGGAGACAUGAAGCAAACCGAAGACAAAACGAGCAUUUAAAAGAACUAUUGAAAACUUUGGGGGAUGAAUUGAAAAACAAGGGGCCAAAGAAACAAUUCUAA